AUGGCCGUGAUCAGCUGCUACGAGCGGCUGAGAAUGGAGAUCCAGGCGCUGAUCACUGAGAACAAGGAGCUCCGGAAGCUGGUGGACUUGAUGAAAGAGAACCAGGAGCUGAAAAACGUCCUGCAGAACCAGUCGCUGGGCGGCGAGACGUCGCUGUCCACAGUCGCCUCCAGCAGGUCCAGCCCCGCAGCCGGGUCCCCGCUCUUCCGCCAGAGCACCUCCCUGCUGUGGGACGACUCCAUUGAGGACGGGCAGCUCGCCAGCAACCUGUUCGGCUCAGGCUCCAAAACAUCCUCCCGGGCCAGCAAGACAUCCAUCUCCGAGGGCCAGGUCUCUGAGGCCAGGGCCCGAACCCCCGAGUCCUCCUACCGGAGCUCCACCGACUCCAGCAAAAAGUACAUGCACACCCGGCUGCCCUCCAGUGUCAACUUCAAAGCCUCCACAGACAGCGUCCCCCACAACGUCUCGCCAUGGGACUCCAACCUCAACGACACGGUCUUCACCGACGACAUGCCCUUGCUCCCGCAGAGUGCCUCCUCCCCCACCAGCAGGGUCGCCCCCGUCAGCUUCCAGAUGCCCCCGACCCCACAGGACCCCCAGCGCCCACCGGACGUCAGGCCCAAGGAGAUGACGCGCAAGGUCUUCCGAGCCGCCGAUAGGCCCCAGACACAAGGGGCCACUUCCAAGCCCAGCCUGGUCAAAGAUCACAACCAGCUGACCUGGGAACGCAUCGUGGGGGAAAUCGCCUUUCAGCUGGAUCGCAGGAUCCUCUCCAGCAUCUUCCCCGAGCGUGUGCGGCUCUACGGCUUCACCGUCAACAACAUCCCUGAGAAGAUCAUCCAGGCAUCCACCAACGCCAUCUCCAAUCAGGUGGAUGAGCAGCAGUGCACAGCGAUGACGCGGCGCUACCUGGAAAUCAUGAACCGCCUGAAGGCGGUGGGGUACAACCCAUGCAUGCACCCCAGCUUCACCGAGUACAUCGUGAACGCCUACGGCAUUCUGCGGGAGCGGCCAGAGCUGGCCGCCUCUGAGAGCGGCUCCUACAACAACGUGGACUUCCUGCGCAAGGUGGUGCUGGAGACGGUGCCCGAACCCGUCCGGGACAACGCCCUCAUUCUGCUCGAGUGCCUCGCCCAGCUGGCCAAGGACGACGGCAAGCCCAUGUUCAUCUGGUGA